AUGGCUCCAGCCGCUCCAAAAUCCGGCGAUGCGAUUUUUGCCAGUGUUGAUCGCGUAAACUCGGAGCUGUUUACUCUCACAUAUGGCGCUAUCGUGCGCCAGCUGCUAACCGAUCUGGAGGAGGUGGAGGAGGUCAAUAAGCAGCUCGAUCAAAUUGGUUACAAUAUCGGGGUCAGGCUAGUUGAUGAGUUCCUAGCAAAGUCUAAUGUGGCGAGGUGUGUUGACUUCAGGGAGACAGCUGAAGUAAUUGCAAAGGUUGGUUUCAAGAUGUUCUUAGGAGUCACUGCAUCUGUAUCUAACUGGGACUCGGAAGGGACAACUUGCAGUCUAAUUUUGGAGGAUAAUCCUUUAGUGGAAUUUGUUGAGCUUCCUGAUACAUGUCAAGGUCUUCGCUAUUGCAACAUUUUGAGUGGUGUUGUCAAAGGAGCUCUUGAUAUGGUGUCGAUGAAAACUGAGGUCACAUGGCUGCGUGACAUGCUUAGAGGGGAUGAUGUAUUUGAGCUGCAGGUCAAACUUCUCAAACAAAUCUCUGAGGAGUAUCCAUAUAAAGAUGAUGAGUAA